AUGGCAGCCUCCAGUGGAGGAGCUGCGGAAUUCAAGCAACAGGCCGUGUACGACGGCUCGGAAUCCAACUUCGGGUCUCCAACCCGCGAGCAUCGGCACCGCGAUCGACCCAAAGGAUAUCGAAAGGAUAGAACUCACCGAAGUUUACAACCACCCAGAUGCGAAAGUCGAUAUUGUUCUCGUCCAUGGCCUGAACGGAGAUCCUCGAAAGACAUGGACGUCCCCAAAAGGCGUUUUCUGGCCAACACAGCUACUACCUGCGGCGUUGAAGUCCUCCCAAGCGAGGAUAUUGGUGUACGGAUACAAUGCGGACAAACGCUGCUCAACAGUCUUCACAGUAAUCGAACAUUGGAGGAAGUUGAGGAUCACCCCAUUAUUUGGGUCGCACACAGUUUGGGAGGUAUACUGGUGAAGCGAGCAUUGAUCAUGUCGUCUCAUUUGCAGGAGAAGAACCUGCAAGACUUGCGGUCCAUCGCCGUAUCAACCUACGGCAUUAUAUUUCUCGGAACCCCUCAUACAGGCGCCGAUCCCGCUAAAUGGGGCCUAAUGCUACAAAGAAUGGUCAGUGUGUUGAUGCCAAAGAGCAUCUUACAUACCGAGAAUCAGCUUGUCAAGACGCUUCAAUCUAAUAACGAAACACUGCAAAAUAUCAACAUUGAAUUUGCCGACAUGGUGCAUCAGUAUCAGGUCUGCAUGGUACAUGAAACUCAAAAGACCGAUCUGAAAGGCACAAAGGCUUUGAUAGUGGAUAACGUCUCGGCAAGCCCUCCUUUACCCGGGGUGAAGUACUUUGGAAUCGAGGCAACACACUCCCUUAUGUGCAAAUUUGAGACGAAGAACUCUCCAGGAUGGUCCAAUGUUGCUAGCAACAUAAAGACGUGGGUAGAGGGCUCGGGUAGCUUGAUCGAGAUGAGACUGAUGAAGGAUAAGGAGGAGAGAGCUCGAUUCGACCAGAACAGGGCUAUGGAAAUGAUGCAUCCCCGCGGUCAACCAUCGACACAACCAGCCACCAGUGGAAAUACCCCAGGUAUGUUGCGCAAUAACCAAGAACCAAUCCCUGCGCAAUCCUACCGUCAGCCUGGCUUGGUUGAAGCACCUUCAUCACGAACAACUUUUGAGUUUGAAGCUGCAGAGUAUGAAGAUGCAGAUACUGAAAUGGCCGAUCCUGGCUCAAUGAAUAACUCAACAAUCAUUGUACCACAGCACAUUAGCAUAGAACCUGAAGAUCCAGAACCAUUAAAUCAAAUUUUCAUCAGACCGCCAAGCUUUCGACCGAAUUCCCUCUUUGUGGGGCGUGAAACAGAGCUCAUAGAUAUGCAUAAGAUGCUGCUCGACACUAAAAGACGAGCCGAGGGCACUUCAGCAAUUUCAAUUCAAUCCAUCCCCGGUGGAGGUAAAACUCAUCUGGCGAGAGAGUAUGUUUAUACACAUAAGAGCUCAUAUCCCGGUGGUAUAUUUUGGGUGGGCGCUAAGAGCGAGGAAGAGCUUGUAGCCGGCUACUGGGAUAUUGCUACGAAAGCUGUUUUUAAGGAUGUCGCCAGCAGAGAGGGUCGGAUAGCUUUGAGGCAUAGUGAAGAAUGGGUUGGAUUAGUCAAGGAAUGGCUUAACAAUCACCACGACUGGUUGCUUGUUCUGGAUGGAAUCCACUUCAACGAAUCCGAAGCACUCCGGAAAUACAUCCCCGACAGUGAGAACACCAGCCUUAUAUACACGUCAACUGAGAAAGGUAUUGCGGGAGAUCAAUUUCUCAUGAAUCCACAGAUGAUCAGACUCCCUGCGCUGUCUGCGCGCGAGGCACAAGAGCUAUUUCUCCUGGAAUUGGGUAAGAGCAAACCAUUCACAACGGAUGAUCUCAAGUAUGCAAUGGAGAUUGUACAGGGCAUCAACUUCUUGCCCAUUGUGAUACACACCUAUGCGCAACGCCUAAGGUUGACGGAAGAGCCCUUGUCGAAGGCUGCGAAAUCAUAUGCUUCCGAACCAAGGCUCAAAGGUCUAGAUACUUUUAAGGACGUUCUCUCACACCUUGAGAGGCUAUCGCCAGAAGCUACUCACCUUAUAAAAAUACUUUGCUUUUACGGACAACGAAUACCGGUGGAGAUGAUUUCUUUAGGUCUCACAGCUUUGGAUGUCGAGGUCAAAACGAUGGAUUCAUUGAACGGCAUGGACUUGAACAAUACUUUUCGGUACCUCAAUAUGUUUGCCUUGAUGGAUCGUAACGAGCAAGAAGCCGUUACAGUCGGAUCAUCCCAAACGUCAAGGGGAAGUCGGGACUUGAUCGGAGAUAACGUGGAUUUUAUCAGGCUCCAUGGCGUUAUUCAAGCCUUCUUUACGGAUACCCUCGAUGCCGACCAAACCCUUCCUCGCUAUCUUUAUCGUGCUGUGAUGGUCUUCUGUGAGUCAUACAAGACCGCUGCCGAGCGUAUCGCCAGGAAGACAAAUGCUGGUUUGGUUGAAGAUUAUCGGGUGUAUGAAAUUCACGGCAAACGGCUUCUGCAUCACAUAACGAAAUAUAAAAAGAAAUAUCCUCUACUCAAUGAAAUAUAUGGAGGUUUAAAUAUCUCGCUUCUCAAAAUCAAAGACGAAAUUGAUCGAAGAACUCCUGAGUCAUCACAGACUAUAGUGGAGAGACGUCCUGGAGAGUUUCAAACCUCAAUAUUUGAUAGGACGAGCAGCUCCUCUGAUACAGGCCAAGAGACGCCAUACAAUCCAGACCCGGCUAUAAUACGCUGGUACGGAGAUGAACAGGAUCAUUCAGAAUCUCCGGUGGCAUUCACACAUACUAUGGAAGACACUCGCCGUCAAGAGUCUCAUCCGGCUCGUGAAUCUCGCCAUAUUCAGACCUUUAUGCCUUAUGAGGAUAUAGGGUACGAAAGCGAUUUUGAAGGAUCCAUCGCGAUGACGCUACAGCCCUCCACGCGAACUGUGAAGCAGGAAUCGCUACCUAGCCCUGGUGGGGACUGGCAAACGGUCAAACCUCGUCGUCAGAAUGAGCAGGAGCGCCUCGAAAAUCACAGAACUAUCAACUGGCUGGAUCAGACCAGAUAUCAUGAUCGAGCAGGUUCUUACCGAGCUGUAAUUGGAAGUAAAACCGCCGAUCCAAGGGCGAUCAACCCAUCCUUGAGCCAUAAGCUGGCGAAAGGAUUUGUGCAAAGAACAGGGUCCCGUGGGCACUCUCGCAGUAGUGUAUCUGGCCAGUCGAGCGCAGAAGCGGCUCUCACUCAUAUCUCACAAAUAAGUCCGCCUGCCCCACGCGGUGGAGGGAUGGUACGAGAUCGUUCGUCUUCGCGAAACCCAGGGUCUGCCGGUCGAGGAGCAAUGCGAAUGGGCACUUCCUCUUACGCCAAUGCUAUUACCGGACAAACCAACGAUACUGCCUCCGGAUUCCGUGACGGCUCACAGCCCAUUCCAAUACCUAAUGGUAGCGUCACCGAAAGUGUCUGCAGUUCAGCUUUGAACUCACUACGAGACAAAUACCCUGUAGAAAUCAUUCGACAUCCAGCCUCUCCUCGAUCUCCUGUUCUUGCAAUGCCCCCAUAUCCCGUAACACCAAGUGUCGAUGAGAGAGAGAGAUUCUUUACUGACUCCACCAUUUACAGCGAUCAAUUCGAUGUUCCUAUGCAUGAUAUUGAUCAACCAUAUGGCUGUCCUGGACAAGAAAUAGUUCUGGCGUCUUAUGACGGAGCUAGCAGUCUGCUAGGUGGUAUCCCUUCGACAAAGUUAUAUCCUAUGAAGACUGGGCCAAUUCCAGUCGAAAAUCAAGCCCAAAUGCGGGCAAGAGCACAUACAGGUCCACCAAAGCGUAGUCUUCCACAUGAUUAUCCCUCGUGGCACUCUCAAGAUUACGCGAACAAUGAAGAUCAGGUUUCGUCACUCAUGUCUCUAUCUUCUCCCAAUAUCCGGCCAUCAACGUACAUUCCUGGCCGACCAGAACUAUCCUUUUCUAGUACCAAACAUGGCUAUAGCUCUCAGCCAAUGUCCCGUGACACUUCAGGACAUUCGAAGCAAUCCCGAGGACGGGGACGACCGCAGAGCGUCGCUGAAACCGAACCUCUUCCUUAUCGUCCGAAUGUUAGCCCUCCUACAAGCUACCAAGUCUACCAAAACCAAAAUGCACCGGAAAUACCUCAGAUACGAAAUCUCCAACGCGAGAGAUCACCAGCUCAACGUUCUCGCAAGUCACCUCGUCUCAGUCAGGUGCAGCAGAGUCUCGAAAAUUGGGAUGGUGGAAUCGAGAAUCUUCCUCCACCGCGACGAGCUUUUAACCCCGCAACGCCUGCUUUUCAACCAGGGACCUUAUUUAGUAGAGCGAAUUCCACGCAAACUACUCUCCAACCGCUGCACGGUGAUUUUAUCAAACCAUCGCCUCCGCUUCCUCACAGUGCGCCAGUGACCCAACACCCGAGUCCAAAUUCCUUCACAACCAACCUCCCACAUCACAGCUCUCCAUGGGCACCACCACCCCUCCCUCAACAUCGCACCUCCCCUCCACAUCCACUCUCCAACCAGUUCAAGCCACCUCAAAAACCCAAUCCUGCACCCUGGGGCGUCCCCAGAUCUUUCACACCAGUGGAAGAACCAGAUCCUGCUACACCUAGAUUUGGAGGUGAAGAGAUGGGGCGGAGCGGUAGUGGAGGUGUCAAGGUCGGAACGAGAUUCGUUCAAUUUGGUGAGACGGAUAGCGUAGAUACCGUCCAUGCGCGAGCAAGAGUUGAGCGGACGUGGGUUGAACGAAGUGAAAGUGGUCUUCGUGAAGGUGUUGGACUAGGUAUUAGGCAUUAG